AUGGCCGAGGAGCGGGCCGUGCAAGUUUGCGGCGGGGCGGGCAGGCCGGCGCUGCUCCUCUGGGCGGCGGCGCUGCUGCUGCUGCUGCUCCCUCCCCCGGCGCGGGGCCAGGCCCCUCCGCCGCCCCCCCAGCAGCAGCAGCAGCAGCAGCACUCCAACGGCGAGCGGGGCAUCUCGGUGCCGGACCACGGCUACUGCCAGCCCAUCACCAUCCCGCUGUGCACCGACAUCGCCUACAACCAGACCAUCAUGCCCAACCUGCUGGGCCACACCAACCAGGAGGACGCCGGCCUGGAGGUGCACCAGUUCUACCCGCUGGUGAAGGUGCAGUGCUCGGCCGAGCUCAAGUUCUUCCUGUGCUCCAUGUACGCGCCGGUGUGCACGGUGCUGGAGCAGGCGCUGCCCCCGUGCCGCUCCCUGUGCGAGCGCGCGCGCCAGGGCUGCGAGGCGCUCAUGAACAAGUUCGGCUUCCAGUGGCCCGACACGCUGCGCUGCGAGAAGUUCCCCGUGCACGGCGCCGGCGAGCUGUGCGUGGGCCAGAACGCCUCCGAGCGCGCCACCGCCGCCCCCUCGCCGGGGCCCCCGCUCUGGACCAGCCCGCCCCAGCCCCGGCCGCCAGGGGGCGCGCCCCCCUCGGGCGCCGGCGCCCGCUUCACCUGCCCCAGGGGCCUCCAGGUGCCCGCCUACCUGAACUACCGCUUCCUGGGCGAGAAGGACUGCGGGGCCCCCUGCGAGCCCGGGCGCCCCUACGGGGUCAUGUACUUCGGGCCCCAGGAGCUGCGCUUCGCCCGCACCUGGAUCGGCAUCUGGUCGGUGCUCUGCUGCGCCUCCACCCUCUUCACCGUGCUCACCUACCUGGUGGACAUGCGGCGCUUCAGCUACCCCGAGCGGCCCAUCAUCUUCCUCUCGGGGUGCUACACCGCCGUGGCCGUGGCCUACGUCGCCGGCUUCCUGCUGGAGGAGAAGGUGGUCUGCAACGAGCGCUUCGCCGAGGACGGCGCGCGGACGGUGGCCCAGGGCACCAAGCGGGAGGGGUGCACCAUCCUCUUCAUGAUGCUCUACUUCUUCGGCAUGGCCAGCUCCAUCUGGUGGGUCAUCCUCUCCCUCACCUGGUUCCUGGCGGCGGGCAUGAAGUGGGGCCACGAGGCCAUCGAAGCCAAUUCCCAGUACUUCCACCUGGCUGCCUGGGCUGUGCCUGCUAUCAAAACCAUCACCAUCUUGGCCUUGGGGCAGGUAGAUGGGGACGUGCUUAGUGGCGUCUGCUUUGUGGGCAUCAACAACGUGGAUGCCUUGCGGGGCUUUGUGCUGGCUCCUUUAUUUGUGUACUUGUUCAUUGGCACCUCCUUCCUGCUGGCUGGAUUUGUGUCCCUCUUCAGAAUUCGGACCAUCAUGAAGCACGACGGUACCAAGACGGAAAAGCUGGAGAAGCUGAUGGUGAGGAUAGGGAUCUUCAGCGUCCUCUACACCGUACCUGCCACCAUUGUCAUUGCCUGCUAUUUUUACGAGCAAGCCUUUAGGGAACAGUGGGAAAAGAGUUGGUUUGCUCAGAGCUGCAAGAGCUAUGCCAUCCUGUGUCCCAGUAACCACCACCAUCCUCCUAUGAGUCCAGACUUCACGGUUUUCAUGAUCAAGUAUCUGAUGACCUUAAUUGUAGGCAUCACUUCAGGCUUCUGGAUCUGGUCUGGGAAGACACUCAAUUCCUGGAGAAAGUUUUACACAAGACUCACCAACAGUAAGCAAGGGGAAACAACUGUGUGAAAUUCACACGCCCAAUUAGGGAUAGCAGGCAAAAGGGACCUUGCUGUGCCUGCCCAUUGUCCUACCCG